GCUGUCACUUUAUGAGUCCGCAGCCCAGAGCGAGAGUAUCCCGGCUGCCAGAGGACCGCGGUGCGCUGGGCGCAGGGCCCCCGCCUCUCGCUCACCACGCGGACCCCGCGCCUUCUCCGGCGGCCGCGGUGGCAGCGGCGGCAGAGCCUCGCCCACUCCAAUCCCCACCCUCUCCAUCCUUAGCUGUUAAAGAACAGCAGCGCUUGGCACGUUCCUGAAGGACCCCGGGCGCAGAAGAGGAAAGGGAGCAGACGCAGGGGGACUUGGAAAAGCAGCAUGCGCCCGCCGGGAUCAGCCUCGGCGCCCACGGUCUGAGGCUGCAGCCCCAGUUCGCCAUUGUGAGCCGCUGGCAGGGGAGCCGGUCCGCGUCGCCUCCCCCCGGGUCACCGUCCGCGCCGCGAUGGGGCAACUGCCCACGAGGACGCGCGGCGGACGCCGCCUCCUGCCUCUGCUCUGGCUCUUUGUGCUGCUGAAGAAUGCUACAACAUUCCAUGUAACUGUCCAAGAUGAUAACAGCAUUGUUAUCUCUUUAGAAGCUUCAGAUGUCAUGAGUCCAUCAUCUGUGUACGUUGUGAAGAUAACCGGUGAAUCAAAAAAUUACUUCUUCGAAUUUGAGGAAUUCAACAGCACUUUGCCCCCUCCUAUUACCUUUAAGGCCAAUUAUCAUGGCCUUUAUUACAUAAUCACUCUGGUAGUGGUAAAUGGAAAUGUGGUUACCAAGCCAUCCAGAUCGAUCACUGUGUUAACAAAACCUCUACCUGUAACCAGUGUUUCAAUAUAUGACUAUAAACCUUCUCCUGAAACAGGAGUCCUGUUUGAAAUUCAUUAUCCAGAAAAAUAUAAUGUUUUCACAAGAGUAAACAUAAGCUAUUGGGAAGGUAAAGACUUCCGGACAAUGCUAUAUAAAGACUUCUUUAAGGGAAAAACAGUAUUUAAUCACUGGCUUCCAGGAAUAUGUUACAGUAAUAUCACCUUUCAGCUGGUCUCUGAGGCAACUUUUAAUAAAAGUACUCUCGUGGAGUACAGCGGUGUGAGUCAUGAACCCAAACAGCAUAGAACUGCCCCUUAUCCACCUCGAAAUAUCUCAGUUCGUAUUAUAAACUUGAACAAAAACAACUGGGAAGAACAGAGUGGCAAUUUCCCAGAGGAAUCAUUCAUGAGGUCACAAGAUACAGUGGGAAAAGACAAACUCUUCCACUUUACAGAUGAAACUCCUGAAAUCCCCUCUGGCAACAUUUCCUCUGGUUGGCCUGACUUUAACAGCAGUGACUAUGAAACUACAUCCCAGCCAUAUUGGUGGGACAGUGCAUCUGCAACUCCUGAAAGUGAAGAUGAAUUUGUCAGUGUGCUUCCCAUGGAAUACGAAAAUAACAAUACACUCAGCGAGACUGAGAAAUCGACAUCAGGCUCUUUCUCUUUUUUCCCUGUGCAAAUGAUAUUGAGUUGGUUACCGCCAAAACCACCCACUGCCUUUGAUGGGUUCCAUAUCCACAUAGAAAGAGAAGAAAACUUUACUGAAUAUUUGACAGUGGAUGAAGACGCACAUGAAUUUGUUGCAGAACUGAAGGAGCCUGGGAAAUAUAAGUUAUCUGUGACAACCUUUAGUUCCUCAGGAUCUUGUGAAACUCGAAAAAGUCAGUCGGCAAAAUCACUCAGUUUUUAUAUCAGUCCUUCAGGAGAGUGGAUUGAAGAACUGACUGAGAAGCCCCAGCACGUGAGUGUCCAUGUUCUAAGCUCCACUACAGCCUUGAUGUCCUGGACGUCUUCCCAAGAGAAUUACAACGGCACCAUCGUGUCUGUGGUGUCACUUACCUGCCAGAAACAAAAGGAGAGCCAGAGGCUAGAAAAGCAGUACUGCACUCAGGUGAACUCAAGCAAAUCUGUUAUUGAAAAUCUGGUUCCUGGUGCCCAGUACCAGGUUGUGAUGUACCUAAGAAAAGGCCCUUUGAUUGGACCACCUUCAGAUCCUGUGACAUUUGCUAUUGUUCCCACAGGAAUAAAGGAUUUAAUGCUCUAUCCUCUGGGUCCUACGGCAGUGGUUCUGAGCUGGACCAGACCUUAUUUAGGAGUGUUCAGAAAAUAUGUGGUUGAAAUGUUUUAUUUCAAUCCUACAACAAUGACAUCAGAGUGGACAACCUACUAUGAAAUAGCAGCAACUGUCUCCUUAACUGCAUCAGUGAGAAUAGCCAAUCUUUUGCCAGCAUGGUACUACAACUUUCGCGUUACCAUGGUGACGUGGGGAGACCCAGAACUGAGCUGUUGUGACACUUCUACCAUAAGCUUCGUAACAGCCCCAGUUGCUCCAGAAAUCACUUCUGUGGAAUAUUUCAACAGUCUGUUAUAUAUCAGUUGGACAUAUGGGGAUGACACAACUGACCUCUCCCAUUCUAGAAUGCUACACUGGAUGGUUGUUGCAGAAGGAAAGAAGAAAAUUAAAAAGAGUGUAACACGCAAUGUCAUGACUGCAAUACUCAGCCUGCCUCCAGGAGAUAUCUACAAUCUCUCAGUAACUGCUUGCACUGAAAGAGGGAGUAAUACUUCCAUGCUCCGCCUUGUCAAGCUUGAACCCGCUCCUCCAAAAUCACUCUUUGCAGUGAACAAAACCCAAACUUCAGUGACUUUGCUGUGGGUGGAAGAGGGAGUAGCUGAUUUCUUCAAAGUUUUCUGUCAACAAGUCGGCUCUACUCAGGAAACAAAACUGCAGGAACCGAUUUCUGUUUCUUCUCAUGUUGUGACCAUCUCCAGCCUCCUUCCUGCCACUGCCUACAACUGUAGUGUCACCAGCUUUAGCCACGACAGCCCCAGUGUUCCUACAUUCAUAGCCGUCUCAACGAUGGUUACAGAGAUGAAUCCCAAUGUGGUGGUCAUCUCAGUGCUGGCCAUCCUUAGCACACUACUAAUUGGACUGCUGCUUGUCACCCUCAUUAUUCUCAGGAAAAAGCAUCUGCAGAUGGCUAGGGAGUGUGGAGCAGGAACUUUUGUCAACUUUGCAUCUUUGGAGAGGGAUGGAAAGCUUCCAUACAACUGGCGUAGGAGUAUAUUUGCUUUCUUAACUCUGCUACCCUCAUGUCUUUGGACUGAUUAUCUUUUGGCAUUUUAUAUUAAUCCUUGGAGUAAAAAUGGUUUAAAGAAGAGGAAACUGACUAACCCGGUUCAACUGGACGACUUUGACGCCUACAUCAAGGAUAUGGCCAAAGACUCUGACUAUAAAUUUUCUCUUCAAUUUGAGGAGUUGAAAUUGAUUGGACUGGAUAUUUCACACUUUGCUGCAGACCUGCCACUGAACCGAUGUAAAAAUCGUUACACAAACAUCCUACCAUACGACUUUAGCCGAGUGAGAUUAGUCUCCAUGAAUGAAGAGGAAGGUGCUGACUACAUUAAUGCCAACUACAUCCCCGGCUACAACUCACCCCAGGAGUAUAUUGCUACACAGGGACCACUGCCUGAAACCAGAAAUGACUUUUGGAAGAUGGUCCUACAACAGAAGUCUCAGAUUAUUGUCAUGCUCACUCAGUGUAAUGAGAAAAGGAGGGUGAAAUGUGACCAUUACUGGCCGUUCACAGAGGAACCCAUAGCUUACGGAGACAUCACUGUGGAGAUGGUCUCGGAGGAAGAGCAGGACGACUGGGCCUGUAGACACUUCCAGAUCAACUAUGCUGACGAGAUGCAGGAUGUGAUGCAUUUUAACUACACAGCAUGGCCUGACCAUGGUGUGCCCACAGCGAAUGCUGCCGAAAGCAUCCUGCAGUUUGUACACGUGGUCCGACAGCAAGCCAUGAAGAACAAAGGCCCCAUGAUCGUGCACUGCAGUGCUGGAGUCGGACGGACAGGAACGUUCAUUGCCCUGGACAGGCUCUUGCAGCACAUUCGGGAUCAUGAGUUUGUUGACAUCUUAGGGCUGGUGUCAGAAAUGAGGUCAUACCGGAUGUCUAUGGUACAGACAGAGGAGCAGUACAUUUUUAUCCAUCAGUGUGUGCAACUGAUGUGGAUGAAGAAGAAGCAGCAGUUCUGCAUCAGUGAUGUCAUCUAUGAGAACGUUAGCAAGUCCUAGCUCAGAAUCCGGAGCAGACAGGACAUGAUGUGUACCCAUCCUCCCUUGCUUCCAGAGUUUUUGGGGGGCCUUGCUAGCCAUUUUGCUAAAAGGAGCCCCUGCUUUGUAGUAUGUGGCCAAGGAGAUAAUUUAUCUCAUAGAAGCACCGGGAAGACUUAGCCUUAAAGAGCCUACAGUGUCUUUUGGACUCUUUCACUUCUGGACAUCUAAUAACGGACCCAAUUCAACCAAACACCAGAAAGGUCCAGAUGCUCAGCAAAGGGCAGGAAGCACAGCACUUCCGAAGAGUUUCAUUGGCCCUUUGCUGGUUGGGCUGAGUUUUUGUUGUUGUUGUUUUAAGUGCAAUACUUUUUUUAUGUGUGUGAUUUUAUCAGAAAGUUGAAUUGUUUUCUGCCCACAUGAUUGACCAAGUCCCUAGCCCAGGAAGGAACGGGCAUUGUUCGUAUCAAAUUAUACCUCAUUGUUAAAAAGAGGCAUGGCCACACAUGAAGAAAUGGGAAUUUUACUUUAAGGAAAUUGAAUCCGCGAUAUCUGUACACCCAACAUUAAGCUGCUGGAUCAGGAGCGGGGAGGGUGGAUGAGGGAAGAGAGAGGGGUCCUACCCACAGAUCAACUGCAUCUCUUUUCCAAACAUGAAAAGCUGUAAUUCAGCUUCAAAGUGGAGUAGAAAAAAUAUUUGUCUUAAUUGUUCUAGUUCUUGAUGGUUUUCUUCCUUAUUAACAGUAAAGUGUUUCUUCCUUGGCCCUCUUGGACUAAUGCCACUGUCCAGGUUCUUUUUCAACAAACCAGAUCUGGUUCGGAAAAGUUUGAAGUCUGACUCUUUAGACUCCAUUGCUGUCUGAGCAAUCUUGGUGCCUAACUUUGCAUUCCUUUUUCUGUUGACUCACCUCCACGUAAAAGCUAUUUCUUUGAGAACUAUAGGCUAUGAAAACGCACUUUCUUUCCCCCAAAGAGCUGGGAAUUUACGAAAUUAUGGCAAUGAACUGCAGCAUGCUAGGACAAUUAUUUGGCUACUUUUUUUUGUAAUAUUGUCAAGCGUCUCUAUGGAUUCCGACAGAGAUUUGUUUUGUUUUCUUUUCUUUUUGGUUGUCAGUUUCAUUUUAACCAGUGUAACUAGUAACAUUUUAUUCUUUGGAUUUUGUAUAAUUACAGUACAUGAUUGUGUAUUGUGAUAUGAAUACUGUCAAACGGACAUUGAUGGCAUCGUGAAGCCUGUUACUUUGUGUCACUUCCUGAGAAAUAAGAGGUGAUGGUAUGGAUAUACAAAGGAAAACAUUUUGCGUUGAGAGUAAACACAAGCUGGCUGCUUCACUGUGGCA